CCCCGGGGCGGGGGCGGUGCCGGUGCCGGCGGCAGCUCGGGCGGCAGCGGCGGCGGCGGCUCGGGGCCAUGGUGAAGAUCGGCGUCCAGCAGCCGCCGGCGGUGCUGAAGCCGGAGAAGGAGAAGGCGGCGGGGGGCGAUGGGGCGGCGGGCGCCGUGCUGCAGCCCCCGGGCGCCGAGGAGCCGGCUCCCGCGGUGCAGGGCCGGAGGACAUCGCUCAGCGGGGUGUGCUACCUGACCAUGGGUCUCCUCGUACUGCUCCUGGGCUUGGUCUUUGCAUCGAUGUAUGUGUACAGAUACUUCUUCAUCACCCAGCUGCCCCGCGAGAGCGUGUUUCACUGCGGCGUCCUUUACGAAGACUCGCUGUAUUCGCCGUUCAAAGGGCAGCUGGAGUUGCAUGAGGAUGUCAAGAUUUACCUUGAGGAGAACUACGAGCAAAUCAACGUCCCAGUGCCCCAGUUUGGAGGGAGUGACCCUGCGGAUAUCAUCCAUGAUUUCCAGCGAGGUCUGACAGCUUAUCAUGACAUAACGCUGGAUAAAUGCUACGUCAUCGAGCUGAACACCACUAUUGUGAUGCCUCCUCGCAACCUGUGGGAGCUGCUGGUUAACGUGAAGAAAGGGACAUACCUGCCUCAGACAUACAUAAUCCAGGAGGAGAUGAUCGCCACCGAGCACGUCAGUGACAUGGAGCAGCUCGGCUCCUUCAUCUACCGCCUCUGCAGCGGCAAGGAGACCUACAGGCUGAAGCGGAGGAACGCAAGGAGACGUAUCAGUCGACGCGAGGCUGGAAACUGUCAUCGUAUUCGUCACUUUGAAAACACUUUUGUGGUCGAAACUGUUAUCUGCAAAAAGUCAUGAAGCCACUCUCCAGAUGAAACCUUCCUUGGCUUUGCUUGCACACACAUGCACACACAUGCUCUCAGCCCUCUCUUUAGACAUGGUAAUCUGUCUUACUUUUUUUUACUUCCUCCCCUGCUUGUGCAGCUCCAAACCUCUAGGGUCCGUUGUGGCCUCCCGGUGGUUUCUCUUCUCUCCCUACUACCUAUUUGAGACGUUUGCUGGGCUUAAAUUUACACAGUGGUCAAAGAUAACCUGUGAGUAGGUGCAGCUACAGGGUGGGAAUCUCUUUUGGGAGCAGUUUUGGGGUAGAAGAGAUGGCCGAGAAAUAGAAGUGUUGGAAAUAGGUGCUCUUUUCCUGGCUGAGCGAUUUCAGGCUGGUAUUAGUGCUUUGAGGCUGCCUUGGCACUGGGAUAGAAGGUGUUUGUACAAGAGAAGGGUUACCAUUUUGAUGCUGAUGUAGUGACCAGAAAUACAUGACCAGCUGCAAUUAGGAAAAGAACAGUUGUGAGAUUACAGACCGGAUGAUUCAGAAAGCUCAGCAGAGAGGGAUGGUUUCUGCCAAACCAUGCUGUGGUGGUCCCAGCCUGCUGUGUGCUGUCCCCCUGAAGACCGGAUUUUCAGACACUGAAACCACCACUAUGUGUUGUUUUUAUGACUGGCUCUUGGACUCAGCCCUCACCGUGUCUCCUCCUGGGUGCAUCAAAGUAUCCUGAUGGGUGUUCGGGGAGGGCAGGAGGCCAGGGCAAGGGGCAAUGAGGUGGGCUGGGAAUUACAUGAAUGACAUAGCACAUCGCUGCUCCCCAGCCACAAAGCAGAGGGUGAAGUGCAAGGCUGUGUAGCCUUUUCCCUAACACACAGUUGGCAUCUGCUGUUGUUCCUGGGCAGAUCCGCUGUCACUUUGCCCAACUAAAUAAAGAGGUGAAUCUUCAAUGCAAAGUGCCAAAGCUCUACUGAUGUCCCAUCUAUAGGAUGUGGCUGCGGGUGGAGUCGGGUGGUUUAAUCCAGCCCCGUGUCUGUCCUGGCCGGCUCUGCUUGCCUGGAAAGAUGAGUUAUGUUCACACAGGUCUUUCUUCCUGAGUUGUUGAGAUCCCAUCUGUGUGCAGAUCGGGUGCCAUGCCUCCAUACGAAGUGGUGUCAGCAGCAGAACUGGUAUUUACUGGCAAGUGCAGAAGCAGAAUUUUUACAUUUUUUCUUUCACAGAGUGUGUAUUCUUGUAUAACUCCUCUGAUGAAAGCUGUUUUGAUAGUAAUUACUCUAGUCCAGCCAUGUAUCACGUUAUCUGCAGGCACCAUUGUAGUACAGAUAUUGAUACAAGGCAAAAUUCAGCUGAUCAAUAUACUGCAGAGAAAAUGCGUGAACAGAACUGCUUUUCUAUUGAUCAUCCGACAGAAGAAUUGCAGAGUAAUUAAAUAUUCUUCCCUCUGUUCCAUAAAUAUAGUUAAAACUAAUUAGGUUCUUGAAAUGCAGGCAGUUUUUUGGCUUGAAAGAAUGGGGUGAGUUUCAACUUGGCACAUUCUUGUUAACUGGUUUCCAGCAAAUCUGGACUUGUUCACCAUCUGUUGAAAUGAGCUUGUUGUUUUAGAAGAGGAAGGAUAAAGUAAAUGCAAGUACAAUCAUUAACUCCACAGAACCAAAAAAAAAAGUAAAUAUAUUUUAGAAUAAAACUUUUAAGUAAUAAUACUGUGAGUUAAUUGUGUAAAAACAAAACAGGAUCUCAAAAUGGUCAUGUAAUGCAAUAGGAAUUAGUAUGUCCUUAGAGGCUGAGAAUUUAUUUUUUUGGUUUAAGUUUUAACAGGUAGAGGAGGACACUUUGGUUUUGUUCUGCUUUAAGCUUGAUGUAAAAUGAAGAAUUAUGUGUACUUCAUGCAGGUUGGUAAGAAAAGUUUCCCGUUGCCAGAGGGAUAUUUGCCUUUCUAGCGCUGUGCUUUUCCAACGAUAACUUGCUAUUAGCCCUUACUUUUCAUUGCGGGGUGGAUGACAAGAAGGGUCAGAGAAUUGGUUUCCUUAGUGGAAGUACUGCAAACUGGUAAAUUUAAGCCCUGCGUUUCUCUUCAUUUCUAGGAACCUAAGCCUGCACUCAGGUGAGCAUACAGACCUUUUUCCCCUUUCCUUCUGAUUCUGCAUGAAUUAACUGGUCAUUGAAUAUGCUAACUGUGCAACCCCGCAGCUGUAAGGACAAACCUUGGUUCUUUAAGGUGAACUAACGUGGUCACUGUUUCAUAGGAUGAGAAUGCAGUUGUCUAGAAAGAAAACAUAAGAUGCUUUGUAUAUUUUGUCUGGUAGGACUCUUACUUCUUAGGAGAAAUCCAUGGGAUAAUAAAAUCUUUUACCUCUGA